AUUAAUGUACUCAAAAUUAUCCCUUUCACAUUUCAAAAUGCUCUCUGUUCAGUCCAACAACACCCACUACGAAUUGUGCUACAGGGAAACAAUGUCCAGAGACACCCUAAAGAUUCAUUUUUUUUUCUUUAAGGAUCACCCCAUCUCCAGAACUACUGAAGAUUCUUCAAGAGAGUCUAUGGACACUAACUUUCUCCCACAUCAUUCCAUAUCAGUUGAGUCUAAAGGUAUACUAGACUCUGAUUCUUCCUCAGACAUCAGCCCAUAAGUGAUCUCUUUUUCCUUUUCCCCCAUGGGCAUCCCUAGUGAAGCCACAACAACAGGGUGGGAACCUAACACUAGGAGACAUCCUCAAACUAAUCUAGGCAACUCCUUUCACAAAAGGAUCUCUCCCUCAGGGUAAUGCAUCAGCCCAACAUUUACUGUCUUCAUCUGACUCAGUGUCUGUUAGCAAAGUUCCCAUUUCCAUGACAACACAUACAGUUGAUUCUGACAUCACAAAGAAGGCCCCUAUAAAAGGAAUCAACUCAACUCAUUUGAGCUACCUUACACUAAGGUCCCCUUUACCUUUACCUGAUCCUUAACCUUUACAUUAUCCUUUACCUUUACCUGAUCCUUAACCUUUACCUUAUCCUUUACCUUUACCUUUACCUCAUCCUUUACCUCUUUUCACCACUUCUACUACACCAUGGGUUCGCGGUGUAGUACUUUGCUGACAAAAAGAAAAGUGACAGAAUUCAACAGAAGGCUGCCUUCUGGAACAAAAAAUGUUGACACCUCUUUGUCUUAUGGUAGUACCAUCGCCCCAUCAGAUGACUACUUGGUGUUCACGACUGCCUACAACACUUCAGGUUAUAAACAUCAAAUGAGCUUCCCUUGCUUCACAAACAAAUCAUGGAGCUCUUGCUACAAGACCUUCACACUCAGCUUCACUAUUACCAACAUGUUUUACACAACAAAGAUGAGUCAAAAGGAUUCCAGAACAUUCAAGACUGCUGAGCAUAUCCUGCAAGUCCUGCUCAAGGUAUUGUUUCGAAGGAGCAGGCUUGGAUCUCAGUAUUAUGGAUGCAGUGGGAUCUCACUGAGGUCUCUGAAGAACAACAUAGCAACUGCAGUGAAUGUACUUUGCAUUUUUAAGAAGGACUCCUCCAAGCCUGUAGUGAACAAAAAGAAGGUUUACUGGGAGCUGACUGAACAGCUCUACAGAAGAAAUCUAAAACACCUGGUUAUAGAGAAUGAUAGCCUCUUUGUGAAUGGGUAUCACUAUAAGCUGCCAGGAAUCAGAUCCACAAAGAUGCCUGUCACCCUUAUACCAGACCAUGGAGCAUCAGAAGACAUUGAAUCACUGACUAGUGGUCUCUUGAUUCGUGAAUCCACUCUAUGUGCUAUAGGGCUCAGUGCAGAAAGCAAGGGCAGGAUAAGGACCAGAGCUGGAAAAGUAAAGACCACUACAACUUGUAGCCCUGCAGUAAGAACACACUCUGUUCUGGCAACAAUAACAACCCCAACCACUCCCUCUGGUACUUCGUUUUUGGAAAGAAUCACUGUGCCUGCUUCCUCUGCCUUGCCAGAGACAAUGGUAGCACCAGCUGCCUGGUCUGGAGUGAUCAGCCCAUCUAAAACUGUGUUCGUUGCUGAAAUAUCUACCCCACCUGUGGCUGGGACAGGAGGAGGGAACUCCAUAGGUGUUCCUUCAAACCCUGCUAUCCAUGACACCACAGCAUCAACCACAACCUUCCCCUUGACCAAUGUGCUCCCAGCAGGGUCUACAAGCACUUCAGCCACAAGUCUUUCCAGUGUCAGUAGAGAAGAUCCAAAGCCAAUGACCUCUCUGGACACAGUGAAUUCAGAGACCACAGCAAUGACUACUGCAAAGAAAGGGCUGGCCCUGACUGACUCCACAGCCACAAUGGACAACAGCAGAGGAUCUGAGACUGUGGUUCUGUCCACAAGUGAUUUGCCUACCACCUCAGCCUCCCCUCUCAUUAUCACAAAUAAAGUAUCCACCGGGACCACCAUGACAACUAUUGCAGACACUGCAGGGAGCUCCUACUCCAAGACAUUCACCCUCAACUUUACCAUCACCAACCUGUUUUACACAACAAAGAUGGGCCACAGAGACUCCGGAACAUUUAAAGCUGCUGAGAAUGUCAUCAAAGUACUGCUCAAGUCUGUGUUUGCAAUGACCAACCUUGGCUCUCACUAUUCUGGAUGCAGUGUGAUCUUGCUGAGGCCUCUGAAGAAUGGGACAGCAACAGGAGUGGAUGUUCUGUGUACUUGUCAGGAAGAUUCCUCCAACCCUGUUCUGGACAAAGAGAAGGUUUACUGGGAGCUUAGUGAACAAAUAUAUAGAAGAAAUCUAAGACACCUGCUUAUAGAGAGAGACAGCCUCUUUGUGGAUGGGUAUAAUCAUAAGAUACCAGGCAUCAGAUCCACAAACAGUUCUAGUGCAGAAAGCAAGGGCAGGAUAAUGACCACAGCUGGAGAACCAGAGACCAUAAUGACUACAACUUCCAGCCCUGCAGUAAGAACACACUCUGUUCUGGCAACAACAGUCUCAACCACUGCCUCUGAUAUUGACUUGGAAAAAAUCACUGUGCCUGCUUCCUCUGCCUUGCCAGAGACCAUGGUAGCACCAGCUGCCUGGUCUGGAGUGGAGAUGAGCCCAUCUGAAACUAUGUUCAUUGCAGAGGGCUCAACCCUACCUGGGACUGGGACAGAAGGAGGGAACUCCAUAGGUGUCCCUUCACACCCUGCUACCCAUGACACCACAGCAUCGACCACAACCUUCCCCUGGACCAAUGUGCUCCCAGCAGGGUCUACAAGCACUUCAGCCACAAGUCUUUCCAGUGUCAGUAGAGAAGAUCCAAAGCCAAUGACCUCUCUGGACACAUCUGCUUCAGAGACCACAGCCAUGGCUACUGCAAUGGAAGAGCCAGCCCUGACUGAAUCCACAGUCACAAUGAACAUCAGCAGAGGAGCUGAGGCUGUGGUUCUGUCCACAAGUGAUUUGCCCACCAGCUCAGCUGUCCCACUCAUUCCCACAGAUAAAGUAUCUACCAGGACCACCAUGACCACUAUUGCAGACACUGGUCUGGAUGCUGUUAACCAGCCUGAGCUGUCUGAAAUACAAAGUCCACUAAUCGUCACUGAAUUCUCCCAGAAGAGUGAUGCAGGAUUCCCAUUGUCUUCUACUGCAACUGAGGCAACUGGAGCAAUGACCAUAACAUCUUCCACUCUCCUCUCAGGAUUGGGGGAGAGCCAGUCUUCCAUAGGCAGCAUUUCAGGAACAGAGGCCAUCGGAGACUCUCCCACCCUGUUCUCCUCUUUAGAAAGCACCAGUCCUGAGUAUGAGUUGAGCACUGAAGAAGCACUGUCUACUCUGCCAACAGAAAAAUUACUCGAAAUGGUCUCCAGAUCACUUACUAUUAUUUCCAAGAUGCCUUCUAAUGUCACUGCUUCAGCAUCAAGGACAAAUCUCCAAGGGUUGGAAAAUCAACGCAUGUCUACCCUGGAGGCCAAUGAUGACCUAGCAGUAGGCACUGGCCCUGGUGUGGCCUUUACCUCUCCAAUAUCAAAGGGCACAGCUUUUAACAAUAUGGAUAUAGAUGUGGAAACUGCGUCAAAAUUAGCUCCAUGGUCAGCCAGCUCCUCAUCACAAGUAGAAGCCAGUUCUCCAGAUCUGGUUGUCACCACAGGAGAUGAACCCUCACUAGGAAUAGAACCUCACAAUCCCAUUCAUGAAUCUCUGAGUCCAAGGUCAGGAUUCUUUCCUGCCUUAAGUACCUCCAAGACCUGGACAAGCACAGCUUCCCUUGAGGCUGCUACUUCAUUGGAGGACCCAGGGCCAGCCGGCCUGAAUCCAGAGCCUGAGAGAAACCCACAGGCAACACCAACUCCAGCUAUCACCCUGCCUCCAGCCAGCACACAGGAAGUUUGUACAACAGCAUCUCCCAGUCCUCCUGACACAACCACAGAGGGCAGCAGUGUCCAGGCAGGGACAGCCUCUAUUUCUGAUCAAGUGCCUUCCACUUCAGGCCUCUUCCCAAGUGGUGAUGCUGUUGUGGUGCCAGUCACACGUGCCCAAAGUCUUAGAGCACCAAGAUGCACAGUAGCACCGAUAAGCAGCCCCCUGACCCCUGUUUUUAUUCCCACAGGGAAUGAGAUUGCUGUAGGGCCCAUCACUUAUAUCCCAGACCAUGGAGUGCCAGGAGACAUGACAUCAGUGACCAGUGGCCUCCUGACCUAUGAAUCCACCCUAGGUGCCAUGGCCAUAAGUGCCACAGAAACCACACCAGAUCCAGACUUGUCAAUGAGACAUACCACACUAGAGCCAGGCUCAGAUGCCCUACCUUCCACUGCUCCCAGCAUUAUUCCAACACCAUCUGGAGAAGACACAAAUACCCCAUUGUUGCCUAUAGAAGGACCAGCAGAAGAUAAAACAGAGUCCAGCACCUUCUCAGCGAAUUCAGACACCCCUGCAAUAAGCCAGAGGGAGCACAUAUUCUUCACAGGUCCUGGAGUAACUUUUCAACCUGACAUGACCUCUACUUCUCUGCUCAAUUUAAGUGAAGGGACUAGUUACUCCAGAACUAUCCCCUCACCCUCUUUAGGGAGUAGAAAAAGCACUGCCAUUAUUGGAGUCUGGACAAGCCCAGCUGAACCUCUCACUCCGGAGCCUAAGAAGCCCACCUCUGCUGAGGGUUCAUUCUCUGUUGGACCAGUGACUGAAUUUAGCAGCAGAGAAAGUGGACAUUUACAGAAUAGCUUGGCCCCCAGCAUCACCCCAGAAUGGGAGACCAGUAGACCCGGCACCACUACAGAGUCAGAUAUCAGCACACUCAUCCCUGGCAAUUUUCAUCCUUCUGGGGGCACUGCUGACCUCAUGUCAAGCCCUGUGGAAGGCUCCAGUCCAAAGCCAGCUGUCUAUACCUCUCCACCACACACCACAGGUACUACAGGGACAAGGCUGGGAGGAGAGACAGACUCAUACUUGGUGUUGACUACACCAGCACCUGCUGUCUCUAUCAGCAGCAUCUCUGGGGCUCUCCUUGGUACAAGAACAGUGGUUCCAUGGUCUUCAAAUUCAGCUGAAGCUACAGAUCUUACCAUGAAUCGCCUUGAUCCUAUAUCCAUGUUGCCAUCCAAAUUCUCUACUUCAUCUCCUGUAACAUUUUCAGGGGUUACUUACAAGGAUGAAGACAAGAGCUCCAAUGUUCCUGGGACUGACAGCAUAAGUGUCAUCUUCAGCAGCAAGGUCACAGACAGAGUUUCUCUCCAUCCUGAGAUCACUCCUAACCAAAAUCUACUGGGCACAAUGGAAGAGAGCACAGGUGCUUUGCUGACCCCUUCUUUGCCUGGACCUCCUGGGUCUUCAGCUGCUACUAUGGGAGGUGUAUUGAACAUGUCAGGUACCACUCCUGGCUCAACUCCACAGGUGACUUUAGCUUAUGAAAUCUUAACUAGAGACUUAGAGAAGACCUCAGACUUCCCACUGGCCACAGAAAUUACAGCUAAGACUGUCCCAGCCAAGAUGAUGGGUGAUACCUCCAUGGCUUCCAUGAGCCCAGAUUCUCAAGUGAGUUCAGCAUUGCAUCUUACCACCACAAGUAGGCCCGUGACUCUCCCUGGACAAAGCAUAGUCCUUCUUUCAUCAACCAUAGCUGAAGCUGGGGCUCUCACCCUCACUGGGACAGAUAGCACUCCUACAUGGCAAAGCACACACUCUUCAACUACUAUAACCUCAUCUAAGGUUACCCCCAUGACCAAGAACAUGAGACCAGCUCCCCCUAGGACUGACUCCAUGAGUCUAAUUUCCAGCACAAAAAUCAUAGACGUUCCCUUUCCCUUUACAUAUGGGGAAACUGAGGCCCCGAGAAUUUAAGUGGCAUGCCCUAUGACACAAAAGUAGAAAGAAUCACAGGUGAGAUUUGAACUCAGGAUUUCUUCUUCCAGAGUCAUUGUUCUUUCCACUCUAUUAUGCUAUUCUCCAGGGUCAAGAAGAGAGUUUAGCCCUAGCACCUCACUUUGAAUGGCUAAGCCUCUUUCCACUUUGGGAAAGGUUUUUAUAUGAACUCUCCAAGAGCAAAGAAUGUGUUUUUAAAUUUUUAUUUACUUCCUUAGUAUUUAGGACAGGGCUGGACACUUAAUAAACACUUAAUCAAUGGCAACUAAUUGAUUGCUUUGAUCUAGUGAGUAGAUUGGUGAGAUCCCAGUUUAUUAGAAAAAUUUGUCUUCAAAAUCUAUCUUUUACACCUACCAACUGCUUGCCUAUGGAAAAGGGAAGGGGAAUGGAAUAAGCAUUUAUGUAACAUCUACUAUGUGCCAGGCACUGUGACUAAGCAUUUUUUAUAGAAAUAGUAUCUCCUUUGAUCCACAUAACAACUCUAAGAAUUUGGUGGUAUAGUUAGCCCCAUUUUUCAGAUGAGGAAACAGGCAAGCAAUGACUGAUUGACUUUCCCAGGGGCAUAGAGCUAAUGAGUUCUUAGGUUAAAUUUGAACUCGGGUCUUCCUGACUCUAGACUCAGCACUCUCUCUACUAUACCAGCUAGUUAAUUCUAUGGUCAGAGCCACAGAGGUCCUGGUGUCAAGAGUCAGUAAUGAAGAUAGAUCCAAAGGCAAUGAACUUGGGGAAGGUGAAUGAGGCAAAUAUGGGCAAAUCAUUUUAUCUCUAUCAGCCUUGACUUGCAAAAGAGGAAAAGAAUGGCUCUAGGACCUUCCCUUUAAGGUGUGUUUCCACAACCUUCUCUCUCAUUUUGGCUUAAUAAUUCACUUGGACCUUUGGUGAUUACUUGCACUUGGCCCACCGUUUUAGUAUCAAAUCCCAGGCAUUUACCUCCAAGUCUUGUCUUUUCUGAGGCAUUGUUCUUCAACCAGGCAUGUUUCUUGGUCACUAGUUUAUGCAUUGGUUCCUACAUACUAGCUCUGUGGUUUCAGUGACCUGGUCCUAUGAUGCUAUGGCCUCUGAGUGUUUCCAAAGGCUACUGUAGCCAUGAGAUCCUGGAAUUGGUCAUAGGUCAGAACUGGAAAACUGGACCUCUCUGAUGUCAUUGUCUCCACAUGACUCCUGGCAGCCCAUCAAACUCUGGUGAAUAAGGUCAAGUUUGGAACUCUAAGUGGGAUAGAGAUGAAGAUGAGGAGACAAAUGCCUCUGGAUGAUCUUAGGUGAGGAUUGGAGGCAGACCAUCAAGCCAUUUUCUGGACAAGAAAAUUCAAGGAAGGGAAGUAUGUCCCAUUUACUAAAAAAUCCCUAAAGCAUCCUUUUAUUCAGUUGUGACUGAAUAUUCCUCUCUUAAUUUACUUAUUGCUCUUGUUUAUAAGCCUUGUUCAGACAUCUAUUUCCAAUAGAAAAUUGCCUAUGCUGUUAGAGAAGCUGUCAUUCAGCAUUGCUGAGAAAUAAGCCACAUCUGAUUAGCAUGUUGCUUAAUAGUCUCCGAUGCCUUUUAUCUUUUAAAAUUUAAUGUUAUUUAAAAAAUAAUUUUAUUCAAAGAUAUUAUAUUUUCCCAAUUAAAUCUAGUAACAAUUUUCAAUAUAUGUUUUUUGAAAUUAUAAUGUCCAAAUUGUCUUCCAUCUUCCCUUCUCUCCCCCUCUUGGAGAGAUUGUAAGUAAUUUGAAAUGGAUUAUACAUGUAUUAUCAUGUAAAACAUACUUCCACAUUGGUCAUUUUUAUAAGAGAAUACUCAUAUAAAACCAGAGCUACAUAAACUGUACAUAAGCUAAUGUGAAAGGGAGUAUGCUUUGAUCUGCAACUGACUCCCACAUUUCUUUCUCUAGAGGGGUAAAACAUCCUUUGUCAACAGUCUUUCAAACCUGUCCCAGAUUGCUGCCUUUCUGAGAGUAGUUUUCUUUCACAGUUGAUCAUCUUAGAAUAUUGCUGUUCCUGUGUACAAUAUUCUCCCUGUGCUGCUGAUUUCACUCUGCAUCAGUUCAUGAAGAUCUUCCCUGCUUUUUCUGAAAUUAUCCUGCUUAUCACUUCUUAUAGCACAAUAAUACUCCAUCACCAGCACAUACCCCCAUUCAGUCACUCCACAAUUGAUUCCCUCAAUUUCCAAUUCUUUGCCACCACACAAAGGGCUGCUAUAAAUAUUUUUGACAAGUAGAUCCUUUCCCCAUUUUAAUUAUCUCUUUGGGAUAUAGAUCUAGUAGUGGUAUUACAGGAUGAAAGACUAUGGACAAUUUUAUUAGCUCUUUGGCCAUAGUUCCAAAUUGCCCUCCAGAAUGGUUGGCUCAGAUCAUAAACUCCACCAACAAUGAAUGCAUAGUGUCUCAAUUUUGCCAUAUUAAUAUCUAAAAUUUAUCACUUUCCUUUACUGUCACAUGGACCAAUUUGAUAGGUAUGAGAUGGUACCCCUGGGUUUUUUUUUUUAACUCGCAUUUCUGAAAUCCAGAUUAAUUUAGAACAUUUUUUCCAAAUGAUUAUUGAUAGCUUUUGAUUUCCUCACCAGAAAUUUGUUUUUUCACAUCCUUUGACCAUUUGCCAAAUUGGAGAAUUGUUUGUUUUCUUAUAAAUUUGAGAAAUGAGACUUUAAUCACAGAAACUUGUUAUAAAAAAAAUUUCCCCAGUUUGUUGUUUCCCCUUACUCUUGGUUACGUUGGUUUUGUUUAUACAAAAGCUUUUUAAUUCAAUUCCAAAUUAUUCAUUUUAUAUCUUAAAAUUCUCUCUGUUUCUUGUUUGAUCUUGUAAUGGUUAUUGUUUGCCUACUAAUUGUUGAUCUGAAGGGAGCUGUUACAGAUAGAUGGAUGAGUGAGGAAAGGUAGGAGCCAAGGUGGAAUGACUCCUGUUAUACUCUCUCACUCUCUUCUCCUUGUCUAUGAUAGCAGAGGAAUAUCUCUGGGAAAUGGUGAUCCUGGGUGAUGUGCCAGUGUAAGUAAGUUAGGGGCAGGUUUCCCCUACUGAGUGAUAGGAGGGUUGCCUCAGAAUUAAUAGGCAGAGUGUUUUAGAAUUGUAAGCCUCUCCUCAGUUCAUGGCUCAGUGGGAAUUCCUGACCAGCACUUUGCAAUGGCUGAUCACUAACCUCAGAGAAUUAGCUUCCUCAAAUUUCCUUGAAUAAAUCCCUUUCUUCCAAUCUGAUUGUGGUUUGAAUUGGUUUAAUAAACACAAGAUAUCUGGAAGCAGGCAGUUUGGGUUGAGGUUAGUGGUGUCCCUUUAUCUAAAGCCUACGAGGUCCUUCUUUCUGGAUACCUUGGGCAAACCAGAAAUUCACCUCCCCUUCCUAGUGUCUUUUUAAGAUAAACUAGAAUAUUUGGGGAUUAAGGCAAGAUAAGGCAGGUGGUGCUAUUAGACUGGGGGGCUGUUGAGUCUGAGGCCCCUAUAGGUCUGAUGGGAUCUGAAUCUCUCUUCAGCUGUCAGGCACUUAUAAAUCUUUUCUUGAGUAGUCCCAAGGCUGAAACUCCUGGAUAUCUUUCAGCUGGCUCUUGGCUGAUCUCCAGCAAGGCAAGAAUACCUCUUGAGAUCAAGCCUCAAAAAGACCCUUCUUUCCCUGGCAUUCUUCCCCAUCCCUCUUCUACUCCCAUGCUCCCCUGCUUCCAAUGGUCUUUGCCCAUCAAUCAUGUUUUCUUCAACUUUCCAUGUCUCAUCUUUUGCAUGCUACUCUUACAGUCUUAAAUUCUUCCCUUCUCCAUAGAUCUGGAAGAUAAACUAUUCUAUGUUUCCCUAAUUUAGCUCUGGGAUCACUCAUUAUAUCUAAAUCAUAUAUGCAUUUUGAUCUUAUCUUAGUAUAGGGUGGGAGAUACUUAGAUCAAUACCUAGUUCCUGCCAUGAACUUUAACUUUUAAAAAAAUAACAUUUUUUAGUUCUGGGUAGAAAAUUGUUUUCAUUUUUUCAAAUUAAUUUUGUUUUAAAAAUAUUUUCCCUGUUUACAUAUUUCAUUUUCUUUCCCCACCCCCUUCCUUCCCCAUCCCAGAUCCAAUAAGCACUUUCACUGGGAUAUAUAGAUGUUAUCACUGAUACCACUUCCAUAUUAUUCAUUUUUGCAAUAAAGUAAUCUUUUAAAAUACAAACCCCCAAUCAUGUAUCUACAUAAAAAAUGAUUGGUUGUUUUUCUUCUGUGUUUCUACUCCCACAGUUCUUUCACUUGAUGUGAAGAGCAUUGGGAUUGUCUUGUAUUAACAAAGUCCAUUACAUUGAAUUGUUUCACAAUGUUUCACUUUCUGUGUAUAAUGUUCUCUUGGUUCUGCUCAUUUCACUCUGCAUCAGUUCCUGGAGUUCUUCCAUUUGAAAUAGAAAUCCUCCAGUUCAUCAUUCCUUACAACACAGUGUAGUAUUCUUCUGAGAGCCAACAGGCCACAAAGUCUUAACAGAGUCAUGCAUGGUAGCUGAGGAGACCACAGAGUGGUCCUUGGCGAAAUGUGAUUGCCCACUCUAUCCCCUUUGCAUAACCUCUCUCAUCAAUGUCCCUUACCUAUGGAAUUGACAUGAUUAUUAUUCCCCCUAGUCUCAAAAGAAAUAAUACAAGAGCAAAACACAUGUACCCUUAUUCCCCAAAUCUUCGCCAAAGAUCAGACACUUAAACCCACUCCCAAAAAGACUAUCAUGGGUUAACUUUUACUUUGGCACAUAAUUCUCAGUAAAACCGCAGCUACAAGCCAAGUACAAAACUUUCUCAUUCUAAUGGAGCCAGCACACAAAUCAAUCAUAGCGGCCCAUGCAAUAAGUACAAGUACAUCAAGCUUCAAUAUGCCUCAGUGACUCAAUUACACAAAUCAGUAACUCAGGAACACCCUAGUAAACCCUGAGAAAUGGCCAGUCUAAUAUUUAAUUUGAAUUGUGUUCCCCAUACCCCUCAACCUCAAUGAUAUGAUUGUUGAAUUAUCUUUUAAGAACUGUUGAUUAAUUAAUUCCAUUUUAUUAAAAGCAAUAAGUAAUUUUCCUUGAUUGUUUAUUAGCUCAAAACCUCUCACAGGGUAAUGGGAAAAUUAAGCCACCUGUGACAAAAUUAUUUAUCUUGUGUGCAACCUUUAUUCUGUCUGUAAUCACAAUACAAGAAUAUAAAAUGUUAAUCAAAUGAUUUGUUAAAACUUAGUGUUUCACUUUUCAAAUUAUCUCUCUUUUAACAUAUGUGUUAGGUAAUAUAUUUGAUUGCCGAGAAAAUGGGUAUAAAAAUAAAAACCAAGCCUGAGCAUGGUGGAGGAGCUAUCAGAUGCAAAGCAGUCCCAAGGCCUUAAUGAUUGAGCUGUUUUCGAUUUGUUAUUUAUUUUGACUGAUCAUUCACCACCGGUUGGGAAACCCUGAAGUUGUGACUGAGGCUGGACCCACACCCACAGCAGUAAUACAUUACCAUCAUAAACCACAAUUUGUCCAGCCAUUUCCCAAUUGAGGGACAUACCAUCACCCUCCCCAUUUUCCAAUUAUUUGCCACAACAAAGAGCACAACUAUGAAUACUUCUGAACAAAUAUUUCUCAUUAUUAUCUGUAGGAUACAAUUCUAGUAGUGGAAUUACUGGAUCACAGGGUAUGAAUUUUUUAAAGCUCUUUGGGCAUAGUUCCAAAUUGCCAUCCAUAAUAAUGGCUGGAUCAAUUUACAACUCUACCAGCAGUACAUUAAAGUCCCAAUUUUGCCACAUCCCCUCCAACAUUUAUUAUUUUCCUUUACUGUCAUAUUGACCAAUCUGUUAGGUGUGAUGUGUGUUCAGUAUUGUUUUGAUUUUAAUUUCUCUAAUUAUGAGGGAUUUCAAACACUUUUUUCAUGUAUUUAUUGAUAGCUUUGAUUUCUUUAUCUGAAAUCUAUUUGUGUCCCUUGACCAUUUGUCAAUUGGCCCAUUUGUCAAUUUUUUACAAUUGACUUAGCUCCUCAUAAAUUUAAGAAAUUAGACCUUCGUCAGAGAAUUUUGUUAUAAUAUGCCCCCAAAAUUUAAAACUUCCUUUCUAAAUUUGGUUAAAUUGGUUUUAUUUGUGCAAAAUCUUUUUAAUUUAAAGUAAUCAAAAUUAUUCAUUAUAUAUUUUGAGUUAGGGGUCGAGGCCAAAGUCAAAGCCAGAGCAGGAGUAGGAGAAGGACUAAGAGCAAACCAUAUAGACAGAAGCAACCAAGGGCAGCAAUGAGGAUUGAGGAACAUGGGUUCAAGCAGAUGGGCGGAAGAAAUGGCUUAUCUCUUCUCAGCCAAGAGUCCUAGCCUAAGUUCUGCAAACUAGUAGUAGCCAGUUGGGAGGGCAACUUCCAAAAAAACAGGAAAAAGAAAAAAAACACAAAAAAACCCAACAAACUUGCAGGAGCAGGGCAGCAGCUCAGGUAGAGAGAUUGGAGUUCUCUUAGAGUUCAAGAUAGGGGUGGGGUGGCAAAAAGCCUUGGCAAGAAAAACAUGGCUUUAAAGAAAUUCAUCUAGAAUAUCUUUUAAAAUACUGAGAGUUUUUUCUCAUUUCUCCUGCUUGCCAUGAAUUUUAAGAUUAAAUUUAAAUCUCAAUAAUAAAAAUAUUAUAUUUCAGGAGUUUUAUUAAAGAUCAUUAGAAAUAAAGGAAUGAAGGGGAUACAAAAUAAAGACCACAUGCCCAUGGCUGAUUAGUUGAUUUAAAAUCUCUACAUGUAGUUUACCACCACCACUAUUCUGGCUGCAAGCCCAACAUAGAGACCCAAGAGGACUUCCCACUCGCUAAUAUCCUCUACAGAAAGUACAUGACAACAGGAAGUCAGUGGGCUCCCGGGAAAUGUAGUUUUGAUUGUAAGUCUUAUUAGGUCUUAUUUCUGAUCAUGGCUUUUAAAUAGCCCAGUAAUUCUUAGAUUAUCUCUUCUGGAUAUAUUUUCCAGGUUUGUUGUUUUUCCAAUAAAACAUUUCACAUUUUUCAUUCUUUUGAUUUUGAUUUUUUUUUAUGUCUCAGGGAGUCAUUAGCUUCCUCUUGCCCAAUUCCAAUUUUUAUGGUAUGAUUUUCUUGAGUGAGCUUUUGUACUUCAUUUCCCAUUUGACCAGUUCUAUUUUCUAAAAAGUUCUGAACCUCAGCAAGUUUUUGUACCAUUUUUUUAUAAGGCAAAUUCUGCCUUUCAAUAAGUUUUUAUAUUCAUUGUAUUUUGUAUAUCUUGUUCCAGUUGGUCAAUUAUGGUUUUUAAAAGUUCAUCUCUUCAUUGCAUUGCAUGCCUCUUUUACCAAUUGGUCUAUUCUUGCUUUAAUAUCAAUUUCUAAAACCAUAAAAAAUAUUGAUUUCUUCAGUAUAUUUUGUCUUUUUUACCAAGCCAUUGACUCUUUUUUCAUGAUUUUCCUCUAUCACUCUCAUUUCAUUCCCCAGUUUUUCUUCCACUUCAUUUAUUUGAUUUUUAAAAUCAUUUUUGAGCUCCCAGAUGAAUUAUUUUGGGCCUUAAGAACAAUAACUAGUUUUUAUUGGAAGUUUGUAUGCCACAGCAUUGGUGUUCUGAGUUUGUGUUAUGGUUUUCUCUUAUCACAAAAAUAACUUUCUAUGUUGAUUUUCUUUUUUUGUUUUUUUUUUUGUUCUUUGCCUUUUAAUUUAAAAAAAAAACUGUUAAAAUUGGGAUAUGGACUUGUGAUGAAUAGAGCCCUCUUCAGGUUCUAUAUGCAUCUGCCUUCAGAGCUAACUCCCAGGAUCUAUCUGCUUUCAGUUCUUUAUAGGUGGUAUAAUGUAAGCAACAUAUUUAAUACUCUCCUAACUUUGCUCUAGUUUCUGAGUAACCCUAUGCAUUCUUUCCCCCUUUAGACCUGUGACCCAAGCUCCCUUGCUCCACUGUAGUUAUAAGCACUGGUAUCUGCUAGCACUCAUCCUCACCCUGAGAUCUUACCCACAGACUGAGAACUGUUUCUGUAUAAGAGCAGAGUAACAAGAGUCUUGUACCUGCAGCCUGCAUAGGGAACAUUGUAAUUUUUUUCUGAGAAAUUGUCUGACCUUGUCUAUAUAGUCAAAUCCUCCAGAGACCUUUGCUGCUACUUCAGUGGUGCCCAAGGUUUUUUGCCUUUAUGGGUCCUGCCCUGGUGCAAUUUGUUCUACCUUUACCUCCACUACACUGUUUUUCAUCUGUCCUGAUGGUCUUCCAAGUUGUUCGUGCUGGAAACUUACUUUAGUUUAUCUUUUUGUGUGUUGCACUGCGUCAGAAUUCAUUCUACAGCAUUAUGUCAGUUUUGUGAAGGGUCAUUUGAUAGAGAUCACAUGCGGAUGUGUACCUUCUCCACCACCUUGGCUCCACCCUCAGCUUUUACUCUUACCAAUUUGAAUUGUUGGAAACUGAAAAGGAGACCCUUUUCAGAAGAAUUGGAAGCAAAGGUUCACCUCAUUACCUCAUUCCUUCUAAUUUUACCUACAUUGGUUUUGUUUGGGAGGAGUGAUUUUUUCACUUCAUCUUAACAGCAUAGUAAAUUUUAUCUUGCUAUCUAUCCUCUAUCCCUCAUGUGAUCAUGAAAUGUCUACCAGUCGAUGAAUUUGAAAGUUAAAAUUUUCCUCAUUACUCUUAGUUUUUUUUUAUCAUUUCACCCUUUAUAUCUAACUAAUUUGAAGUUCAUUUUGCUAAGUCAUGCAAGAUGCUGGUUCAUCCCUAGUUUUUGCCAGAUUAAUUUUUAGAUUUCUUUGCAAUUUUUUUUUAAAAUAAUGAGUUCUAACCUUUGAAGGUGGACAAACCUCUUCAUUUUACACGUGAGGAAACUAAGGCCCAAAGAUAGGACGUGGGAGGGGAAGGAUUUGAAGUCAGGUUUUCUGACUCCAAAUCCACAAGUUUUUAUAGUGCCAGAGUAAUGAUAAUGAUAAUGAUUAUAACAAUCAACAUUUCAAUCGAACUUGAAGGUUAACGAAGCAUUUUAUUUCAUUCAUGUAACAUUUCUGAGGCUCAGACAUGGGACUCUCUUUCUCUCCU